AGAGAGAGAGAGAGAGAGAGAGAGAGACCUGUGGAGGUAUCACUGGGUAAAGAGAAGGGUGUUGGUUUGGCUUUUCUGCUCGGUUGCCUGUUGAAACCCGUCUAUCGAGUCUCCACUGUAAGUCGGAAACCCAAACACAUCUGGUUCAGAGGUGAAGCCACGCCCACAAUGGCACAGAUUUUGUCACUCAUCAUAGUCACAAUGUUCAGCCUCGUCUUGGCAGAGGAUCAGCAGCAAAAGGAAGAUCCCUUCAAUUUCGAUUAUCAUCAGCUGCGUGUCGGAGGGCUGAUCAUGGCCGCGGUGUUGUGUCUCAUAGGCAUUACUAUCCUCCUCAGUGGACGCUGCAGGUGCAAAUUUAACCAGGAUAAGAGGAGGAGGACAGGAAGUAACGCCACCAACCAACAGAUGCUCAAUGACACAGCACGAGCCACUGAAUGUUAAAUGCUCCUGAUGGCCUGGAUGUCGACCUGACUGACGGAGAGCAGAGAAGAUCCUGCAGGUCCUUUAUUCCUCCACGAACCCGCUGGAAUCGAAGAGAAUAUAAACCAUCGGGCAGUUUAUUGUAGAAACGCUGUUAUUUUUGAUGAUGAUGAUGAUGAUGAUGACAGAUAUAUUCCACCUGUUUGCUGCUUACGUCACUCUUCAUCUGGAGAAAAAAAUGGUUCCUCUGCUUUUAUCAGAUCUUCAUUUCAACUAACUGAAACAAUAAUCCGACAGGAAUGUGAGAUUUUAUUUUUGUUUCUAACUUGUUUACUAAAAUGUUCUGGAUGAGUUGAUCAGUUUUAGUCACGUGACAUGGCGUAUAACCGAAUCCUACAUGCCGUCUCUGAUAUGAUCUACAGUGUUGCGCUUCGUAGUCGAAAGUUUGACAAGUAAAACCUUUCAUUGUGAUUUGAAUAAUAACCUGUAUUUCACCAGAUCAGCAGUCGUUCAUCAUCACGCUCGUGUCUCGCUGUUUCUUAUUUUAUAAAAUAUUAAAUAUAUAAAUAAACCACAUUGCUGACUAAAACCCCAAAAACCCAAA